AUGGGAAGUCCAUCCCCAGGACCAAUUGGCGUUUUGAUACCAGAAUGGCUACUCAUCGCCAUUGUCGGCGCUAUCCUCGUCGCUCGCCUACAUUUCCGUCUCAAAGUGCAGAAACGAAGACUACGAACGAGCGAGAUACUACUAUGCGUCACUUGGCUCAGCGCCAUCGCAACGUCAGCGUUUGACGUUGAGUUUGCUCGUGUCGGUCUUUAUAAUAAAGAGGUUCUCACCGACUUGACGGGCUUCCAAGGCUCGGUCGAGGAUAUCAUCUAUGUUGCCAGGUUGUCUUGGUUCAGCACCAUCCCGUUUUUGUCGACAUUCUACCUUUGCAAGGCAUCACUUGUUGCACUGUAUCUCGACCUAUUCCCGCCUUUCAUGAACAAGAGGAGGGGCAUUGUAUGGGCGGCCCUUGCCUACAUCAUUAUCGCAUAUAUAUCGAGCAUCUUGGUCUUCAUCUGCGUCUGUAUGCCGGUACAAAGAAAUUGGUUAGUUUAUUCAUGGAAAGCCUCUUGCACAGACUUUCCAAACAGAGAUGGCGCUGUUGUGGCAAUACUAACCUACUUUAGGUCCAUUAAUCCGCAGGAGGCUUGCCCAGGAUCCUCAGUCACGAUGUUCUUCAGAGUCAGCUGGGCCCUGAACUUCAUUGGGGAUGUCAUCAUCUUUGCUCUUCCUUGGCUUAUCAUACCUGGCCUGCAGCUAAAGCCCAAGCUCAAGGUUGGUCUAUACUGCACCUUCUUUCUCGGAAUUAUCAACAUUGUUAUCACCAUCGUCCGCCUCGUUGCGCUUGAGACUACUACAAAGGACUAUGUUCCGUUCAGCUUAGUUGCGCUUUGGAACUCUCUUGAUUACAACAUUGGUCUACUGGUUGCUGCUCUACCCUCGCUCAGGCCCUACUUCAGAACCCGAAGGCACUCCGAAUACCCAACUUCAGGGGCCAAGUCUGUGCCGACAAGACAACGCGAGGGCGGGUUUACAGUCAUUGCCGAUUCGGCCCGGACGAACGCGACGCGCAACACACGCAACACAGUCUCUGGGGUCAACUCGGCCAAUAUCAGCUUUUCCCGAGAGCAUAAUGAUCUCUGGGAUGACGACUUGGAGGACAGGAGUAAUCGCAGCAACAUUGAACUGGUUGAAGUAUCAGUCGAGCCCAAGAAAUAA